CUCGUGCUUUCCUCAAUUUCUGCUCUCAUGGGUUGGGCUGGGUCGGCAGGGUUGCUCCAGAGCGGGGCGCUGCUCUGGUUGCCGCCGCUGCUGCUGGCGGCGUGGGCGGCGGCGAAGGCGCUCAACUCACUGUGGUGGAGGCCGAGGCAGCUGGAGCGGAUGCUCCGGGCGCAGGGCCUCGCCGGCACCCCUUACCGAUUCCUCUUCGGCGACCUCAAGGAGAUGGGGCGCCUGAUGGAGGAGGCGGAGUCCAAGCCCAUGCCGCCCCUUUCGCACGAAAUCGCCCCUCGCGUCGCCGCUUUCCUCACCCGCAAAACUAAAGAGCUCGGCGGAAGAACAUCCUUCACUUGGCUAGGGCCUGCUCCCCGUGUUACUCUGAUGGAACCAGAGCUGGUUAAGGAAGUGCUAGUUAAGAAGUUCGAUCAAAUCGGACGACCUGAUUUGGGCCCUUAUGGACAUCUCCUCUCCACUGGAGUCUUCAGUUACCAUGGCGAAAAGUGGGCUAAACACAGGAAGAUUCUCAACCCUGCUUUCCACCUCGAGAAACUGAAGGGAAUGCUGCCUGCUAUGUUGGCCUGUUGUACUGAAAUGAUUGAGAAAUGGGAGAGCAGGAUCGGUCCAGAUGGGUCUUCUGAAAUUGAUGUUUGGCCGGAGCUGCAAGGCCUUAGCGCCGACGUGAUCGCUCACACCGCCUUUGGUAGUAGCUACAAGGAAGGAAAAAGAAUUUUCCAGCUUCAGUCUGAGCAAGCUGAACUGCUGCUGCUAUCCUUGCAGUCGAUAUAUAUCCCUGGUUUCAGAUUUCUGCCUACUCCUAAGAACAACAGAAGGAAAGCAAUCUAUCGCGAAGUCCGGUCGAUUCUAAGGAACAUAAUAAAGAAGAGGGAGGAGGCUAUCAAGAUGGGUGAAGCGCCAAAACAAGACCUCUUGGGGCUGUUGCUGGAGUCCACUCAAAAGGACGCCCAAGAAUCAGGAAACAAAAAGGGCGGAAUGACUACUGAAGACAUGAUCGAAGAAUGCAAGCUCUUUUUCUUUGCAGGCCAAGAAACAACCUCCAUCUUGUUUACCAUGGCGCUGGUUACAUUAAGCAUGCAUCCUGAGUGGCAAGAAAGAGCUAGGGAAGAGGUUUUGCAAGUCUUUGGCAAAAACAAACCUGAAUUUGAAGGAUUGGGUCGUUUGAAGAUCGUAACCAUGGUACUGUACGAGGUUCUCAGGCUGUACCCACCUGUGCCUAUUCUCGAGAGAACAACAUACAAGCCAUUGCAAAUUGGGAACUUAUCGAUCCCAGCAGGCGUAGGGAUCUCACUACCUGCCGUGUUCAUCCACAACGAUCGAGAGUACUGGGGCAAAGAUGCGGGCGAGUUCAAUCCAGAGCGGUUUGCUGAAGGCGUCUCCAAGGCGUCCAAGGAUCAGUUCGCGUUCUUCCCGUUAGGCGGCGGCCCCCGCGUCUGCAUCGGUCAAAACUAUUCGCUGCUCGAAGCCAAGAUGGCACUGGGAAUGAUCCUGCAACGGUUUUCCUUCGAGCUCUCGCCGUCGUAUUCUCAUGCGCCGACCGCAGUUUUCACCCUCCAACCUCAGCACGGCGCUCCGCUGAAGUUCCGCAGGCUUUGAGUGCGAGUAACUCACUCCUCACUCCUCAUUCCUCACUCCUCUGGUUUAUGCUCAUGGAAGAACUAGUGAUCGAGCUGUGUUAACGUAUGAUCGCUGCUAUGUACUUAUAUGAAAUUCGAAUAAAAUUACGCUUCGAGUUAUUAUUA